AUGCUGACCAGAGGAAAUAUGUUGACACUGCCAUUCGAGGAACCUCAUAUAAUGUGUGAGCCGCGGUUUGGUGCCAAUUAUCCCCGUGAAAGCUUACCUGAGAGCCUGGAGCAGGAGCGACAACAUAACCCUGACAGAUCCAACUCAGACAUGAGGGAGGUCGAGGACGACAUCUCCGACAGAGAUGAAGACGAGAGAGAGGACGAUCAGGAUGAAAACGGGCUUCCUAAAAAGCGAGGCCCCCGAAAAAAGAAACCGGGCAAAGAGCAGGUUGACAGGGCCAAACUCAGGCGCCAGGAAGCCAACGCCCGAGAGCGCAGCCGGAUGCACGGCUUGAACGCUGCGCUAGAGAGCCUGCGCAAAGUUGUGCCGUGCUACUCCAAAACUCAGAAACUGUCCAAGAUUGAGACCCUCAGACUGGCUAAAAACUACAUCUGGGCUCUGUCAGAGACUCUGAGCGCAGGGAAGAGACCGGACCUCCUCGCCUUCGUACAGACUUUGUGUAAAGGAUUAUCUCAACCAACGACCAAUUUGGUGGCGGGUUGUUUACAGCUGAACGCGAGAAACUUCCUCACAGACCACAACGGAGAGGUGAUGUUCUCUGGGAGGGCGCCCUACGAUGCCAUGUACUCGUAUCCUGGAUCAGACAUGAACACGCCCCCCGGCCACAGCGGGAGCAGCUUGGACAGUAGCGCCAAGCCGUUCCGUCACUACAGCUACAGCAGCGCCUACGAAACCUACUACGAGAACCAGUCCCCGGAGAGCGGGAGCCCGCAUUUCGACGGUCAGCUGAGCCCACCAAUGAACUUUAACGGGAUUUUCUCCCUAAAACACGACGACCCGCCAGAGUACGGUAAAAAUAGCCACUAUGGCAUGCGCUACUGCAGUGCGCCAGGGCGCACGGCUCUUGCGCACAACUCCAUGUACCGAGUCUCCCCAGAGGCCCGUUUCCCUUACGAUCUGCACGUCCGCAGCCAGUCCUUCCAAGCACAAGGAGAAGUUAAUGGCUCUUUCCACAAUUAA